CUCCUCCAUCUUCGCUGCCGUGCCGAGCGCGAGAGAGCAGCAGCGGAAGCUGCCAGAUUUCAUAGCAAAGAUGCUGAGCUUUUUCCGUCGAACCCUUGGACGGCGGUCUAUGCGUAAGCAUGCGGAGAAGGAACGGCUAAGAGAGGCCCAGAGAGCUGCAACCCACAUCCCUGCAGCUGGGGACGCAAAAUCCAUCAUUACUUGCCGAGUAGCGCUGCUGGAUGGAACAGAUGUCAGCGUGGACUUACCGAAAAAAGCCAAAGGCCAGCUCCUGUUUGAACAAAUCAUGUAUCAUCUGGACCUUAUAGAAAGCGACUACUUUGGAUUAAGGUUCAUGGAUUCCGCACAAGUGGCACAUUGGUUGGACAACACAAAAAGCAUUAAAAAGCAAGUUAAAAUUGGCCCACCAUACUGUCUGCAUUUUCGUGUAAAGUUUUACUCAUCAGAGCCCAACAAUCUACGUGAAGAGCUAACAAGGUAUUUAUUUGUUCUGCAGCUGAAACUGGAUAUUCUUAGUGGAAAAUUGGAAUGUCCUUUUGACACAGCCAUCCAGUUGGCAGCUUAUAACAUGCAAGCUGAACUUGGAGACUAUGAUCCUGCUGAACAUGUCCCUGAACUGGUGUCUGAGUUCAGGUUUGUUCCCACUCAGACUGAAGAGAUGGAACUAGCCAUUUUUGAGAAGUGGAAGGAAUGCAGGGGGCAAACACCAGCACAGGCUGAAACUAACUACUUAAACAAAGCUAAGUGGCUGGAAAUGUAUGGUGUAGACAUGCACAUAGUCAAGGCAAGAGAUGGCAAUGAUUACAGCCUGGGACUAACACCUACAGGAGUUCUUGUCUUUGAAGGAGACACAAAGAUUGGUUUGUUUUUCUGGCCAAAGAUAACAAGACUUGACUUCAAGAAGAACAAACUCACUCUAGUUGUUGUUGAAGAUGAUGAACAGGGAAAGGAGCAGGAGCACACUUUUGUCUUUAGACUGGAUCAUCCCAAAGCCUGCAAACACUUGUGGAAAUGUGCAGUGGAACAUCACGCCUUCUUCCGGCUCCGCGGUCCUGUCCAAAAAAGCUCAAGUCGAUCAGGCUUCAUUCGGUUAGGCUCCCGGUUCCGAUACAGUGGGAAAACAGAAUAUCAAACAACCAAGACUAACAAAGCCAGGAGAUCAGCAUCCUUUGAAAGAAGGCCCAGCAAGAGAUAUUCAAGACGAACACUGCAAAUGAAAGCACAUGCUGCUAAACUUGAAGAAACAAGCAUUGCAAACAAUGCUGUUAUGAACCAAACUAAUGGAUCACAAAGCUGGAAUGCAAAGCCAAACCUCCCUGUCCUAACAGUGGUUCCUUCUGCCCCAGUCUUAGUGGAAAUAGAAAACCUCCCAAGGAGCCCAGGAGCCAGCCAGCAAGACAAGAAGUGCGUACCUCUUGUUGAUUUGCUAGACAGCACGGAGUUGCCAGAAACUUGUGUUGACGAUGCCAUAGGCCGUCAAGUUGUUGGCUUGGCAACAGGAGAUUCAGAAGAGGCUCUUAAUUGCCCUUAUCCUGGCACAAAGGAAACUGCUGCAGAAAAAGCAGACUCUGAUCCAUUUGAAGACACGUUCCUAAAACUGAAACAGCUGGAGACAGAGCGCAGCAGCCCCGUGCCAACUGAACGUCCCAACGUAAACAUAAACGUACAGGGUGAAGUGGUAAAGUUGACAGAUAAAUGUCUUAACAAUGCAAUUGAGAACCCAAUCGCAGCAGCAACGUGGCUUCCCGCAGAUAUCAAAAGCAAUAUCCUGAAGGCCCAGGCAGAAGCAGGGCACAAGGUCGUAAGAGAAGACAGCCUGACAAGUGUCAAGAAUUCCAAUAUUCAGGAUGCUACUGCCAGUAAUGUGUUAAAUGAGGAUGACUCUGCCUCUAACCAUGAGGACCUGCUGGCUCCAGCUGAGGAGGCUGCUGUUUCAAAGAGCACUCCAGAUGACCAGGACGUUUCCUUAACAUCAUUGACAGAGAAUCUAAUUGACUUUACAGAAGCCACACCUCGGGUGUCUUCCCAGCCCACGAUAACACCGAGGUGGAUAGUGCCAACUGGACUGAUUUCCAAUGGGCCUUUGGGAAAUGAUGUUGCCUUAGCUAUGAAGGCAGUGAAAGGCAGCACGGAGACUCUCUUGUCGUCAGCUGGAUUGCCACCAUGCCAGCAGACAUCCGAAGUCCUUGCAAGCCCAGUCACUGAGGAUGCUACAGUAAGAACAAAAUGUUUACUCACCACUGAACUCUAGAAGAAGGAGUUUCUGCACUUCCUACCUUGUAAAAACUCAAAUCUCCUAACAUAUCUCCAAGGGAUCCUUCCAAAAGACUUUCUUGGGAUCAAACUCUUGCUGAACGGGAGUCAAACAGCCAGCUGGUUUGCUAGGAUUCAAGAAGAGACUUCUACUUUCUUGCAAUGUAACUGGAAUUACAGUCUAAACUGGGAUAUAAAACCACAUGCAUGUUUGACCUUCUCCCUCAGGAGAAGUGAAAUACCACACUGGAGCUAGUUCUGAAUGUGAGGAACAGAAUCUAGCUGUGUUCCGCUCACGCUAGGUUUAGUCUUACUUACCCUGUGCUGCCUCUCAAGUGUUAAUGGAAAGCAUUCACGGUGAUGUUAGCUAUGUAGUGCGUGAGCACGGUAUCCCUGACCUCUGUAGAUUAAUAUUGGAAAGAUUAGGAGAACUUGUAGGGCCACCUUGUGGCCAUACUACAUACGGUGGCUCACAGUAGCGACUGUUUCGUACAGCCAAGGACACUUUCUUCUGUGCGACUAUUCCCUCUGUUUUUCCUUUGUUUUACUAACACAUGCUCUCCUUUUUGGCCUUAAACCCCUUAAUAAUCCUUGCACCUCUUGUUACAGUACCUGGAAAGAAUGAAAAUCUAGUCCAUGAGUGACCAACUACAUUGGCUGGAUUUGAGCUGCUCAUUGCAACCAGGAAAAGACAAAUUAACCUGCCAAACAGCUUACAGCCUUAGCAGACUACAGCAGGGUCCCACAUUUUGACACUGAUUAUUUCGUUUCCUGUAUGACUCAAAUACACGCAUUUUAGGCUAGAGAUAUGUAUGUUUUAAAUGCUGAAGCAGUGAAUGUGUGAGUACAGCUUCCUUCAAGAACUGCUUAUUGGUUAGUUUUGUUGUCAUAUAGGACUAGGAAGGAAAAGAAUUUUCUUGUUUCUAUUCGUA